AUGGCUCGCAAGAAGGUUAACCUAAUCUACAUAACCGACGAAUCUACCCGGAAAACCACAUUCAGAAAACGAAGAAAUGGUUUGAUCAAAAAAGUUGAUGAACUGAGCACUCUCUGUGGCAUCCAAGCAUGUGUGAUCUUGUAUAGUUGUUUUGAUUCUCAACCCUCAGUGUGGCCCUCGGCCGAUGGGGCGAACCGGGUGUUGCGUAAAUUCAAGAACAUGUCCGAGUUGGAUCAGGGCAAGAGAAGGAUGGAUCAGGAGAGUUUUUUAAGGCAGAGGAUUGAAAAGGCCAACCAACAACUGAAGAAGCAAUGCUUGGCUAAUAGAGAGCUGGAGAUGACAAAGGUUAUGCUUGAAAACCUUAGAGGAGAAUCAUCUGUUGAGAAUCUGAUGAAUGUGAUGGACUUGAAUGACCUCAAAUGGGUUAUUCAGGAGAAUUUGAAAGAGAUUAAUAGCUCAUUGGCGGCUCUCUAA